AUGCUGGAGAUGUACAGAGGUCAUGUCAAGUUGAUUCUGUCAAUGAAAUUAAAUGCAGUUGACAGGAAAUCUGUAAUGACCAAAUUUUACCUCCUAUGUGGAUAUUUAUUGGGUGCAGGAUUGAAACUCAUUGCAAAACUUUACUCUCUCACUGCAGUUGGGUUUAUGCUGUCUACUGUUAAUAGAAUAAUGCUGUGGCGUUCAGGCUAUAAAUUUCAUGGUCCCCUUACAGGUGGGUGGAUUGCUGGAGCCCAGGCUUUAGAAAGUCGCAUUUCUGUAGCUGAAGAAAUUAUUGGAUGGCGUACAGUUUAA